CUCUUCUGGCCUCUGGGGCAGGCGAGAGUGGCGCUCGGGUCGGCCGCCGAGGCUCACCGCCGGGGAGGCUCCACGGGGAGGGCGCUUGGGCGCUGCAGGCCGCGGCGGGACCGGCGGCGCUAGGACCCCGUGGGGAGCGGCGAAGGCGGAGCGGGCGGCGCCAGGACCCGGGGGAAUCCCGGCGCGCCGGCGGCGAGCAGGCCCGGGGGCCGGGAGGCGCUGGGCCCGGCGCGGCGGGAGAGGCGCCGAGAUGCCGAGCAAGAAGAAGAAGUAUAACGCGCGGUUCCCGCCGGCGCGAAUCAAGAAGAUCAUGCAGACUGACGAGGAGAUUGGGAAGGUGGCGGCGGCCGUGCCCGUCAUCAUCUCCCGGGCGCUCGAGCUCUUCCUGGAGUCGCUGCUGAAAAAGGCUUGCCAGGUGACCCAGUCCCGCAACGCCAAGACCAUGACCACGUCCCACCUGAAGCAGUGCAUCGAGCUGGAGCAGCAGUUUGACUUUUUGAAGGACCUUGUAGCAUCUGUGCCUGACAUGCAGGGGGAUGGGGAAGAUAACCACAUGGAUGGGGACAAGGGUGCCCGCAGGGGCCGGAAGCCAGGCAGCAGUGGCCGGAAGAACGGCGGGGUGGGCAGCAAAGGCAAGGACAAGAAGCUGUCCGGGACGGACUCAGAGCAGGAGGAUGAGUCUGAGGACACAGACACCGAUGGGGAAGAGGAGACACCACAGCCCCCACCCCAGGCCAGCCACCCCCCUGCCCACUUUCAGAGCCCCCCGACUCCCUUCCUGCCCUUCACCUCGACUCUGCCUCUGCCCCCAGCGCUUCCGGGCCCCUCAGCACCUGAUGCAGAGGACGAAGAGGAUUAUGACUCCUAGCCCCCCCUGCCCCCCAGGCCACACCCCUUGCAGUUGGUUUUAGUUGCUCUGGGGGGAGCAGGGAAGGUAGAGCUGUUCUUAAAUUUAUUAAAAAAAAUAAGAGGGAACAACA